GACUUGAGCUGCGCGCGGCUGGAGGGCGCGGCGCCGGGCUUCCCUUCUGCCCUGACGGGCGCCUCGAGCUCCGAUUCGCCGCGGCGACCGGAGUUUCUGGAUCCCUUUCCGUCUGCGAAGCUGGCUUCCCUGGAGAUGGUCCCGGCGCUCCGGCCGCUGUGAAAGAAAAGCACAAGAAGAAACUUUUACAGUCAUUUUGAUUUGAUUAGUACGCUGAUCCCCCAAAUCAAAGUAAAGGUUAUCAUAAGCUACCCUCCAUAAGAAGGUACUGGUCAAAUGAUGAAGAUUUGGGUAUAUGCAUCAAAAAUGCAGUGUCAAGAAAUCGUUUCCAGGAGCUGAAAAGUACCAUACAUUUUUGCAACAAUAAUGAAUGGCAAGAGAAUGUUGAAGAUAAAGGUUUUAAAAUUCAUCUUCUAAUAAAUAAGAUACAAAAGUCAUGCAUGAAAUUUGGUAUCUUUGAAGAAUGUUUGACAGUGGAUGAAAUGGUUAUCAGAUAUCAUGGACCCAGUUUGCUGAAACAGUUUAUAAGAGAAUUUUGAGGCUGAUGGUCAUAUAGAAGAAAUCCUUGAACUUAUAGUUUUCUGAAGAAUCAGUUCAAAAGAUCCCCAAAGUACCAAAGGAGAAGUACAAAUGUCUACCACAAGACGAAAACGUAAUAUGUUAUGUUGUUUACCGUAAGCUGUAGUAAAAUGAGCUCAAUUGUUGACAGAGAUGACAGUAGUAUUUUUGAUGGGUUGGUGGAAGAAGAUGACAAGGACAAAGCAAAAAGAGUAUCAAGAAACAAAUCUGAAAAGAAACGAAGAGAUCAAUUUAAUGUUCUUAUUAAAGAACUGGGAUCCAUGCUUCCUGGUAAUGCUAGAAAGAUGGACAAAUCUACUGUUUUGCAGAAGAGCAUUGAUUUUUUACGAAAACAUAAAGAAAUCACUGCACAGUCAGAUGCUAGUGAAAUUCGACAAGACUGGAAACCGACAUUCCUUAGUAAUGAAGAGUUUACACAAUUAAUGUUAGAGGCUCUUGAUGGUUUUUUUUUAGCAAUCAUGACAGAUGGAAGUAUAAUAUAUGUGUCUGAGAGUGUAACUUCAUUACUUGAGCAUUUGCCAUCUGAUCUUGUGGAUCAAAGUAUAUUUAAUUUUAUCCCAGAGGGGGAACAUUCAGAGUUUUAUAAAAUACUCUCUACCCAUCUGCUGGAAAGUGAUUCAUUAACUCCUGAAUACUUAAAAUCAAAAAAUCAAUUAGAGUUCUGUUGUCAUAUGCUUCGAGGAACAAUAGAUCCAAAGGAGCCAUCUACCUAUGAGUAUGUGAGAUUUAUAGGAAAUUUCAAAUCUUUAAACAGUGUAUCUACUGCUGCACAUAAUGGUUUUGAAGGAACUAUACAACGCACACAUAGACCUUCUUAUGAAGAUAGAGUUUGUUUUGUAGCUACUGUCAGGUUAGCUACACCUCAGUUUAUCAAGGAAAUGUGUACUGUUGAAGAACCCAAUGAAGAGUUUACAUCUAGACAUAGUUUAGAAUGGAAGUUUCUAUUUCUUGAUCACAGGGCACCACCAAUAAUAGGAUAUUUGCCAUUUGAAGUUUUGGGAACAUCAGGCUAUGAUUACUAUCAUGUGGAUGACCUAGAAAAUCUGGCAAAAUGUCACGAACACUUAAUGCAAUAUGGGAAAGGCAAAUCGUGUUAUUAUAGGUUCCUGACCAAAGGGCAACAGUGGAUUUGGCUUCAAACUCAUUAUUAUAUCACUUAUCAUCAGUGGAAUUCAAGGCCAGAGUUUAUUGUUUGUACUCACACUGUAGUAAGUUAUGCAGAAGUUAGGGCUGAAAGACGACGAGAACUUGGCAUUGAAGAGUCUCUUCCUGAGACAGCUGCUGACAAAAGCCAAGAUUCUGGGUCUGAUAAUCGCAUAAACACAGUCAGUCUCAAGGAAGCAUUGGAAAGAUUUGAUCACAGUCCAACCCCUUCUGCCUCCUCCCGGAGUUCAAGAAAAUCAUCUCAUACAGCAGUCUCAGACCCUUCCUCAACACCAACAAAGAUCCCAACAGAUACUAGCACUCCUCCCAGACAACAUUUACCAGCUCAUGAAAAGAUGGCUCAAAGAAGGUCAUCAUUUAGUAGCCAGUCCAUAAAUUCCCAGUCUGUUGGUCCAUCAUUAACACAGCCAGUGAUGUCGCAAGCUGCAAAUUUACCAAUUCCACAAGGCAUGUCCCAGUUUCAGUUUUCAGCGCAGCUAGGAGCCAUGCAGCAUCUGAAAGACCAGUUGGAGCAACGGACACGGAUGAUAGAGGCAAAUAUUCAUCGGCAACAAGAAGAACUAAGAAAAAUUCAAGAACAACUUCAAAUGGUCCAUGGUCAAGGGCUGCAGAUGUUUUUGCAGCAGUCAAACCCUGGGUUGAACUUUGGUUCUGUUCAGCUUACUUCUGGAAAUUCAUCUAACAUCCAGCAACUCACACCUGUGAAUAUGCAAGGCCAGGUUGUUUCUACUAACCAAAUUCAAAGUGGAAUGAAUACUGGACAUAUUGGUACAAGUCCGCACAUGAUACAACAACAGACUUUACAGAGUACAUCUACUCAGCAGAAUCAACAAAGUGUACUGAGUGGGCACAGUCAGCAAACGUCUCUUCCCAGUCAGACGCAGAGCACUCUUACAGCCCCACUGUAUAAUACUAUGGUGAUUUCUCAGCCUGCAGCUGGAAGCAUGGUCCAGAUUCCAUCCAGUAUGCCACAGAACAGUACCCAGAGUGCUGCAGUAACUACAUUCACUCAGGACAGACAGAUAAGAUUUUCUCAAGGUCAGCAGCUUGUGACCAAAUUAGUGACUGCUCCUGUAGCUUGUGGGGCAGUCAUGGUACCUAGUACUAUGCUCAUGGGUCAGGUGGUGACUGCCUAUCCUACUUUUGCUGCACAACAGCAGCAGGCACAGACACUGUCAGUAACGCAGCAGCAGCAGCAGCAGCAGCAACAGCAACAGCAGCAGCAGACUUCCCAGGAACAGCAGCUUCCUCCAGUUCAGCAACCAUCUCAGGCUCAACUGACUCAAACACCACAGCAGUUUUUACAGACUUCUAGGUUGCUCCAUGGGAAUCCUUCAACUCAGCUCAUCCUCUCUGCUGCGUUUCCACUACAACAGAGCACCUUCUCUCAGUCACAUCACCAGCAACACCAGUCUCAGCAACAGCAGCAACUUAGUCGGCACAGGACUGACAGUUUGACUGAUCCUUCUAAGGUUCAAUCACAGUAGCACAAGUACUUCCUCCAGCGCCAAAGGAGGAAGGUGGUGGUCCAUAAACGUUGCUCAGAUGACCUGAGGUUAGGAGGAAAAGUUCCAGCAGUUUCAUGAGAUACAGUAUUGAGUGUUCUAGUUCCUGGAAUUAGUUGGUAGGGAAAAUGUGCCUAGUGCUAUAGAUGUACGUUAAAACCAGCCAGCAGAAGAUGAUCAUAGGGACAUAGCCAAUUCUGACAGUGUUUCAGUUGCCCAGAUAUUUUUUGAUGGAAAAAGAGUAUAUUGCCAAAUGUUAAGAAGCUCAGCUAUAAAAUGACCUCCAGUGAAUCAGAAAGGCACUAACAAUGUUAGUCACUUCUAGUGGUCUGUGCCUGCUAUCAAGUGUUACAGAGGACACACCACUGCCAUGUCAGGGGUUUGCUUACAAUGAUGCCAUGAAGAUAAUCUAGUAGUCAAUAGCCCCCACCUUAAGCCCCUCUCCCUUUUCAGAUAAUGAUGGAACAGUAAUUUCAGAAUGUUGUGUGGGUUUAAAUUUUUUGUGUACAGAUACUGUAAAAAUAUGUAUAUGUCUGGAUGAAGGAGAGAAAGCAAAACACUGUGUAAGCUGCAUGAAAGCAUUCUCUCUUCCAUAUGAGUACAUUUCAUUAGAUUCCGACACCAUGUACAAACUGAUACAUCAGUCUCUGUUUUUCCUUUUGUUUACAACAUAAUAGUGUUCUAUUCACUUUUCCAGGGCACAAGUCUUUUUGUUCAUACUUUGGCUGUGAUGUCACAGUUUGUUCAGUGAGGUAUGAUGUGCUGCUGGGAAUGGAUUUUUUUUCAGGUUAAAUUAUUGAUACAACAAGACUUUCAAGUUAUUCAGAAAUAUCCCUCAUUUCAUUAUUUUUGUUUGAAAAUAGGAUUUGCACUGCUUUAUUUUAGAUGGUUGGGAGUUUGAUCACAUAUUUUGAUAUAUUUCAUUGUUGCAAAUAUUUAUGUAAAUGGUUUUCAACAAGCCUGAAAGUAAUUUCAAGAAUGUUUCAGUUAUAGGAAUAAAAUUUGCACACAAACAUUAUAGGCACUUUUUAACAUUCCCAAUGGUGGGAAUUUUAACUUUUAGGAUUUGUUGGAAUCUUUUUAUUAUCCUUCACAAUUUCAAUGCUUCUUUUAGUCAGCAAUGAUUCAGGGUUAUUUGAGGGGGGGGGAACCCAUAGUGCCUUGAUUUUAAUUCAGGUGAUAACUCACCAUCUUGAACUUAUUGUCUGGUUUCAGUAGCAGUUUUUGAAACCUUAGUACAUUUUUAACAGCAUGUGGGUGUCAGUGUCAUUAUUCUCCUAAGUUCCUAUGAAGACUGCUGUGAGUCUCUUGGACUGGGGUACAAAUAAUUUAGAAAUAAAAAAGAUGACAACCUAACACUACACACUUUAAAGGUUCCCAAAUUUGUUUCCUAAAUUAAACAGUCGCUGGGCGUGGUGGUGCAUGCCUGUAAUCCCAGCGGCUAGGGAGGCUGAGACAGGAGGAUUGCGAGUUGAAAGCCGGCCUCAGCAAUGGCAAGGCACUAAGUAAUUGAGUGAGACCCUGUCUCUAAUUAAAAUAUGUAAUAAGGCUGGAGAUGUGGCUCAGUGGUUGAGCACCCCUGAGUUAAAACCCAGGUACCCCUCCUCCAAAAGAAAAGACCCCCCAAAAAAACCCAACAAAACAAAAAACCCUAAACAGUCAUUUAAGAAUUACCAGUAAAUAUUGGCUCAAUAUAAUAUUGAUAUUUUUACCCAAAAAGGGCAAGUAUUGGCUUUGUAUUUCACUACAUUGGGAUAUUGUAACUCACAUGCUUUGUAAACAUGAACUAAGAUUUCAUCUGGCAAUAUCAUGUUCUAAAGGUAAUAAAUUUCAACACAAGUUACAUAUAUUAAAAAUAGUAAUUUUUUAGAUUUUAUGGUACUAAUACUGAAAUUUACAACUAUAGAACAAAAGAUUAGUGGAAAUUUCUUAUUAUAAUACAAAAAAUUAUUACUAAAAAAGGGGAGGACAAAUGUAAUAAAUCAAAAUUGACCUUAAAAGAAAAUGUAACAGAAUUGAAGUUGUUAAACAGAAAUGGUUUUGUGCAAUGAAAAUCACCUACUGCAGAAGUACUAGAUAAAAGGCUCAGGGGAAUGCCAAGUCAGUUCUCUGUCCUUACCUUUGCUAUCAUCCUUGAGGGACAAAUUGUUUUUCUGUAACAAAAACAGAACCAUAACUGUCUAUAAUUAAAUUAGAAAAUUAAUACUGUAAAAGAAAACAACCAAAGAAAAUGGUACUUACCCUUCUGCAAAAGAAGUGUGACUAGAUACCAGUUAGUAAUUAACAUAUCAUGGAGUUCUAGCUAAAUGAUCAUCCAGAAGAGAUUCCUGACAUUCCCAUGAAUGUCAAGAUUGGUUGUCAGAAUGUGUGUACCUGAGCAUAUGUGCACAUGGCAAAAUCAGUGUUGUAAAAUAUGGCAAUAGCAUUGCUUUUCUCCCCUUCCAAAUUGCCUUUCUUGACCUUAUGCCAUUCCGAAUAAAUCUUGAGUUGUGCCUCAUUUAUUUAUUGGCAAUACCUAGUGAUAAGGACUUAGCUAACAAAAGAUAUGAACUAUUGAGUUAAGGCUUGCCCUCUAAGUACCAUACUUAAAAGAAAGAUUAUGAACUGUGAAUACUAUGUACUCAACAGAAGCAAAACAGGCCACAAAGUAAAUCUGCAGAUUAUUUGUUUAACUCACAUUCUUCAACUCUUAACUCCUUUAAAUAUUUUCCAUCUUAACUGAAUAUUUGGGGAAGGAAAAAAUUUAUGUCACAAUUCCUGUUGUUCUUCAUGAUUCAUCUUUUUCCUGCUUGAAAUUUACAGUUGCUAAAUUUAAAGAAGCAGCCAUGCUUUUUUUCCUUUGCGGUCAGUAUGGAGUAUUAUGUUGGAAAAACUGUUCAGCACAAGCUGCCCCUUCUUUACUUUGGUUUCCUUGUGCUUCUCCUAAAUUUGAGUUGCAAGGCUAGUCCCUGUCCCCUUCCUUCCCUGUGAGACUUAAGCAUUGAGAGGGAGAUUCAGCAGUUGUCUGUUCUGUAUUCCAUUUUCAUAGCCAAAGUUGUUAAUUCAAAUCCCAAACCUAAGUCAUGAAAAGAUACCAAAUGGAACCCUUUUCAGCUUCCCUCUGCUUUACUCUCACAGGGAUUCAGUUUUUCUUAAAAACAUUUUAUUCUGGGUGGCACUUUUUAGAUAAGAAACUGUGGAGGUAAAGGAAAGAUGCCAGCCCCCCUGCAGUUAUCUUUCUGUGGACUGCUGGGGCACAGUGUGAGCCAGUAUUGCCUCGCAAAUACAAAUGAGAACUGCAGGGAUUAAUAAAGUUGCUGCUGAGAGUGAUGUCACACCAGAACCUAGACACUUGAAAAGUACUUGUUUUUGUUUUGAGUAAAAUAUGGGCAGAAAAAGUAAAUGUGGUGAAUGGGGUGGAAGGGGCGGUGUAGUGUGAAAGUAAAUACUACAGUUCAGUUUUCCGAACUACAUCCUAAAUUCAGGGGGUAAUUUUAGAGUGAUGUGCUCUGCUUUGUCACUUAGAUGUGGCUUAGGAAUGUACUAGUAAUAAAAGGAUGCCAGUGAUCUUGACUAGUUUGUUAGAGAAUAUUUAGUGCAGAAUAGUGAGUGUGUUUGAAUUCUUCAGAUGUGCUGUAGUUGUUGGUUGUUGCCUUAAAGCAGUCUCUUGAAGUUAGGAGCACUGAAGCAGUCCAGCUCUGUAAAGGGCAUUGUGUUGAAGGGAGAUAUGAACCCUUGUUCGAAGCCUUAGAAAAGGACCCUGAAAAUAGCCUAAAAAGGUAGAAAUUCUUUUCAACUGGACAUUAUUCUUUAUGUUUGAAAAUGUUUCCACUACACUGAGGCAAACUUUUAAGUGGACUACAGAUAGAAAAUUUAACUUUAGUUUUUCUACUUUUUUCUAUUUCUUUGGUGAUUGAAGAUUUGUUUGAACAUUUGUGUAAAGCUCAUUCAAGUCUACAACCUUUCCUAUAUCUGUGGCCCUGUUCUUAGUCCCACGGGAGUCCACAUUGGAAAGUAUAAACACUGGAUAUUAAUAUUGCUGAGUGCAUCUAGCCAGGAGAAAGCUGAUUGGAACUUUUCAGUGGUGGAGAAAACACAGCACAAAGGCACUUGCCAUUUUAAUAGUGAUUUGGAGAGAGAGAUCUUUUUAAGUUUGUCUGAAUUGGGUGAGCAUUCUUCUAAAAGGAGCUUCUGAAGUCAUUGCAAAGGAAAAGAGUCGACUAUUUUUAUAGCAUAUUUAAUAUAUUUGUAUAUAACUAUGAGUAUAGUAGAAACCCUCCACAUGCUUCCCACUUUUCUAAUUUCCUCCCCUUUUUGCCAUAGCCCUAGUAUAGCCUCGUCCGCAUGGGUAAUGUGCCUAUUGUCAGCCUACCAAAAGAUAGUGCUGCUGCUUUUUGAGACAGGUGAGAAGACCAGACUCUCAUGCCUGGGGAUCCUUUAUGGGAGGAAUAGCACACACUUAACAUACUGCAGUCUAAAAGCAUCAUUUUGAAAUGUAACAAGCACUUUAUUGCAAUUAUUCAUUUUGAUAAAGUUUAUCUUAGGCAUUAACCAUUUCUAAAGGAUCCCCAAAUCAUCACUUAGGUGAAAUAAUAAAAUGACACAUUUCUGAGAAAUGUUUAGAUCCAGUGAACCGUAGUAGGUUUAUGGGAGUGAUCUCAAGAUAGCCAAAUGAACUCUUGACUUUUGUUUUGAAUGUGGUGGAAUUAAGAGACUGUAGAUGCCUAGUUCCAUUUAAACACUAUUGUAAACCUAUCUUGCCUAUUGUGUGGACACCAAAAGAGACCAAUGAGCCUGUUUAUUUUCAGAGGUCUAGGAAAAUUGCAUCCAUGUGAGUAGAUGUACUGAACUAAUCUAAAAGUGAUUGGUAGUGAUAUUUUAGAAUACAGUAAUUUCAAGAAUUAUUCUGAGUGUUUUAAAUGUGCCCUGAAAUGUUGGCAUGUCAUUUCAGCGUUUCCAUUUGAAUUCUCUUGUAAUAUUUUUGCACAAAAAUAACUGAGAAAAAGACUACUUUGGUUGAAGAAAAAGAAAAGUAUAAUUUGGUCUUAUUUUAAUGUCUCCUGUGGAAGCACUGGGGAUAAAUUUUGUUGGUAUAGUUAUUAAUUCAGGAUAUUUAAAACAGUGUUGAACAGCUCACAAGAAAUUAAGCAAACUUGGAUAUUUAAAAAUUAAAAUACUUUCUUUCCAUGUGA